GUUUGUUUUUAUUUUGCGCAUGACUUGAUCGCGUUCCUCCAUCCAUUGGAUGCCACUCGCUUUUUCCUGGGGUAGCACGCACCUGUCCGAGUCGAGUCGAGUCUCGUGCUCGCGUCUUUCCCCGUCGUUCCCACCUCAAUGAUUGCUAAACUCGGCUCUCCGCUGGGCUCACCGUCGCUGGCGGCCACGACGGCGCAGUUCAGAAACCGUAUCCCGAUGCAGUUCCGACGCGUGCUACCCGUUUAUAUCGCUGCCGUUUGCUUGAUCAUCUUUGUCUUUAAUCUCAAUCUCUUCCACUCCGGCAUCCACCAGACACCUUUCCGGUCUCCGGUAUCGCCCCCGUCGGCGCCACCGGCCCGAACCCAGUUUCCGCGGAAGAUCUGGCAGACGUGGAAAGUUAACCCGCUCAAGUUCGAAGAGAGGGAUCACAAGACUGCGGAAACAUGGCUAGCGAAGAACCCCGACUACCGAUACGAGGUGCUGACCGACGAUAAUGAUAUGCGCUAUGUCGAAUGGCAUUUUGGCCCCGAGGGUUUCAACCGACCGGACAUUGUCAACUUCUACCGCGAUGUCAAGGCGGCGAUUGUCAAGGCCGAUCUCUUGCGGUACCUGAUAAUGUACGCAGAAGGCGGCCUGUACGCCGAUAUCGAUGUCGAGGAUUUGAAGCCGCUUUCCAAGUUUAUCCCUGACCGCUACGACGAGAAGGACAUUGACAUGGUUAUCGGGGUUGAGAUCGACGAGCCCGAUUGGGCACAUCACCGCAUCCUCGGGCCCAAGUCGCGUUCUUUCUGCCAGUGGACCUUCAUGUGCAAGCCGCAGCUUCCAGUCAUGAUGAGACUGAUUGAGCAGAUCAUGACCUGGCUCAACGGGGUCGCCAAGGAGCAAAACGUUCCGUUAGCCGACGUCAAGCUCGAUUUCGACCAGAUCAUCAGCGGCACCGGACCCUCAGCCUUUACCGAAGCCAUCCUCGCCGAGAUGAACCUGAAUAAGGAGGAUCCCCGCCAGAAGAUUGACUGGGACUUGUUUCACGACAUGAGCGAGUCCAAGCUUGUAAGCCGCGUGCUCGUUCUGACCGUCGAGGCAUUUGCUGCUGGCCAGGGCCACUCCGACUCGGGCAACCAUGAGGCUAGAGCUGCCCUGGUUCGGCACCACUACCAUGCUUCCAAUUGGCCCAGCAGGCACCCGCGGUACAGUCAUCCGGCAUAUGGUGAGGUUGAGAAGUGCAAUUGGAACGACGAGUGUGUGAAGAAGUGGGAUAAGGAUGUCGAGGAAUUUGAAAAGCUGAGCGAGGCCGAACAGCAGAAAAUAAUCGAGGAGAAGCAGCGUGAAAAGCAAGAAGCCGAAGAGAAGCGCAAGGCCGAGGAAGAGCAAAAGAAACAGGAAGAAGAAAAGAGGAGGAAGGAAAAGGAAGAGGAAGAAAAGAGGAAGAAGGAGGAGGAGGAAGCGAACCGGCGGAAGAAGGAAGAGGAGGAGGCAGCAGCGCAGAAGAAAAAAGAACAAGAAGCCGAAGAAAGAGAUAAAAAGGGUCAGGGACCUGAGCAGCGAAAAGAAAAACCCGACGACGAGGGGGACAAACAAAAGAAGUCAGGGUGGCUCCAUUUCUCAUGAGGUCCAUUUUGUUGUAUGCGCAUUUUUGGAGCUGGCAGGUGUUUUGCUUAGGAGUUCGGGAAGGGGUUGCACAAACGGGAGGCGACGUUCUUGUGUAGCCGCUCCAGCAGAUGACGCGCGAGAUGAGCCAACGACGACGAUAAUGGCGGCGACGACUCGAGAAUCAACACACACGCCAUGCCAUGCCCCUCUCCGAUCGCGGGGUAAUUGGGUCUGAUCGAAUCGGGCAU